AUGAGAUCCUUGGUCGAGUCGACCACACGAUGGCAAGAGACUCUGAAGCAUAGCACUAGCCUUGCAGGUCUGCAACGAGCCGUCAGAGACAACGGCCCGAGCAGCCCCUGCAUUUCGGGAUGUAGGUCUAUCUGUUGGAAGAUCUUCCUACUCGGCCAGUCUACCGGUACCGCGGACUGGUCUCAGGCCAUCUCGGAGACGCGAAGCACAUAUUCCUCUUUGAGGGAUCAUUUCUUAAAAUAUAUAAACCACCCCGAGUAUCUCACGACUGACUCAGCCGACCCUUUGGCAGAUGAUGCCAAUUCUCCUUGGAAUACCCUUCGUCUUGAUCAAGCACUGAGGGCUGAGAUUCUUCAAGAUGUUCAACGGCUACCAGAUGAACCCUUUUAUCACCAGCCCGAGAUCCAGACGCUUAUUCUCGAUGUGCUUUUCGUGUAUUGUAAACUUAAUCCAGGCCUAGGCGGGUAUCGCCAGGGCAUGCAUGAGCUUCUAGCACCAAUUGUUUAUGUUGUAGAACAUGAUGCUAUCGAUCCAGCAGAUAUCAGUUCAAGUGGUCCGGCCGAUGAAAAAAUGUUGGAAAUGUUAGCCGCCUCGUUUAUCGAACAUGAUGCCUUCGCUCUCUUCUCAAAAGUGAUGGACCAUGCAAGAUCAUUUUACGAAGUUACAGAAUCGGCAACGGAUGCGCCUCUCACUACAUUCACCCAGCAACCUACAACAUCCUCCAUCGUCGAGAGAAGUCAAUAUAUACACGAAGUCUGUCUAUUUAAGGUAGAUCCCGAGUUGUCAACUCACCUCAAGAAUAUUGAAAUUCUACCCCAGGUUUUCUUAAUCCGCUGGAUUCGUCUCUUGUUUAGCCGCGAAUUCCCCUUCAACCAGAUGCUCGUACUUUGGGAUACCCUGUUUUCCGUAGACCCGUCAUUGACACUGAUAGAUUUGGUUUGCACGGCGAUGUUAAUUAGAAUCCGAUGGAGCCUUCUUAAUGCUGAUUAUACCGUUGCGUUGCAAUUACUACUUAAAUAUCCACCCCCGCAGUCACAGCAUGGUCCACAUACUUUUGUCGACGACGCAGUUUAUCUUAGAGACCAUCUUGACUCAGCUGGAGGCUCUUCACUUAUAGCAAAGUAUACUGGAAAAACUCCCUCACCUUUAGAGGCUAAUUAUGAAGCGCCUACACCUAAGAGUUCGGCUUCUAACAUACGGCGGAAGUUAGCUAGUUCUAGGUCACCUUUAUCGCCCGCUCGAUUCAAGUCGCCACAAGGUGGCGUGGAGGCAUUAUUUCAAGGCGCGGCUAAGGGCGUCCUCGAGAGGGGAGAGAAGCUCGGCAUUAACCAAGCAGUGCGCGACGCCAUGGUAGAGAUACGCCGCAAUGUUCAAGAAGCUAGGAGCUCUAUGAAGGCGGGAAGGGAUCUCAUAAACGAGCCAAACUCGAACACGACAGUACGAGCCGUUGCAACGCUGGAUCGGAGAAAUAGGCGCCUAGCAGCUUUAUUAGAUGAACCUCUUUCAUCCCUGAAGAGCCUUGCAAGUUCGGAUCUAGAAGACAAACGGAAAUGUCAAGAUGUCCUUGAGAUUGCUGCAGCGAAGAUACAAUUCAUUAAAAUCUACCUAGAAGAUUCUACUCUAGAUCUUCCGGAUGAGGAAGAAGCAGUGUCGUCGAUACGGUUGGAUACGCCCACGGGUGAUGACAGGAAACUCGACCCCGAGCCCCUGAGCCGGGCCGUCUCUGCAAUAGCUCUCGACGCUCCCAUCCAAGCAGAAAACUCCCAAAAGCCCGAAAACAAAAAGCCCUCCCCAACCAAUUCCUCGCCCCUAGCUGCAGACUCAAACAAAAUGGACACGGACGACAACGCCGGGGAUCCGCUCGGCUCCGGCGCACCAGCGGCGACGAUAGCGAAGAAGCUAGAGCGCCCCCAACCCCCUAUCCCGACGCGGUCCACCCUCGCCCAGUCCUCCUUCUCGUGGAUGCUCGAGCCCGACGCGGCGCCCUCGUCUUCCUCCCCCUCCAUAUUCCCCUCGAACCUGCCGUCCGCGACGGAACCGUCCUCGCACCGGAAGAGACCGUCCGCCAACGCGAACCGCGAGCGCACCGCGUUCCUGUUCGGCGAGGUCGCGGCCGACGACGAAGGGAACGCCGUGCUGCCGGGGAAUAUCUUUGGCAUGGAGGAGAUACGGAGGAAGGGGAAGAGUUGA